AGAUUGUACCACGUCAGCUAUCAGUCACCGUUUUCCACCAGUUUAUACUCCGUACGGCUUGGCCAAUAUCCUGCAUCCGUUCCGAACCAAUGGCGGACGUGGAAUCUUCUUCGACGACCCCAGACACGGCUGACUCCAUCUACUCGUCCAUCUCUGCGCACUGUCUGGACAAGGACGUGCUAGACGUGCUGAAAGAUCUACAGCUCAAUCAAAAGGAACUCUCUCAUCAGAUCUGCAAUCUACAGGAUAACCAGGUAUUAAUUAUAAGGGAGCUUAAGGAACUGAAACGUGUGUCGGUAGUUCCAAAGCAUCGCGGCCUUAAAUCGCCGAUACGACGUGCAGGUCGACAGCUAGCAGACACGACGGAGCUCCUGGAGAUGAUCUUGCUUCAGCUGCCUUAUAAAGACAUAUUGCGCUACAUUCGCGUAAGCAAGACUUUCCAAUCGGUCAUUCUUGGAUCAGUUCCGAUCCAGACUCUGCUGUUCUUCAUAGUAGGGACGAACACUCCUGCGUCCAGCUCCAUCAUGUUGAAUCCCAUAAUGAAAAAUGAGCGAUUCUACACGUCCAUCGGGCUAUGGUUCGAUGCUACGCUCGAUCGCUUGCGCUAUUGCGAUCGAGAAGGCCGCAAGCAGUUAACAAUAAAAUCCGUGGAAAUCACGGACGAGAAAUUGCAGGACCUUCCAGUUCUCAGUGUCAAGUUAGAAGGAAGGAUGUUGCUACACUGGGGGCCGCCGAGUCGAUUCAAUGCUGGCUCGUGGAAGCGCAUGUAUCUCACACGUCAACCGUGCGCGGUGCAGUGGGAAUUCACAGAAAAACUCGCUAGGUACUCACGCCAGACGAUGAGCGGCUCAAUCGCUGGGUUGUACACGAUGGAUCAAUUCCUUGAUGCCCUUGCAGAUUCGAUACCUCAGCAUCGCUAGCCGUAACGACUAGGAUCAUUGGGCACAGGUACAAAAAGCGUGCCUAAAACUCAGUUGAUCGACGGAGUAUCCCCGGAUCGCGCGGC